ACCAUAGGUAAAUAUUUGGCGUUGAGAUUAAUAUAAACAAUAAGGACGAUAUGAAGUUAGCAAAUUUAGUAAUAUUACUAUUUAUAUAUAUUGCAUUUGCAUGUGCAAAUAAUGAUAACAAAUUCAGAGUGAAAAUAGGCAUUAAGAAGCGAAUUGAAAAUUGUACUGUAAAAGCGAAAAACCGAGAUACGGUGCAUGUGCACUAUCGAGGUACUUUAGAGGAUGGGAAAGAAUUCGAUUCUAGUCUUAAUCGCACACCAUUUAUUUUUACAUUGGGUACACAUCAGGUCAUAAGAGGAUGGGAUCAAGGUAUACUUGGUAUGUGUGUAGGAGAAAAACGCCGAUUGGUUAUACCACCCGAAUUGGGUUAUGGUAAAAGUGGUUCUGGUGACCGUAUACCACCAAACGCUGUUUUAAUUUUUGAAGUAGAACUAAUGAAAAUUGAAGGCAAAGAUGAACUUUAAAUGGCUACUUUACAUUUCAUGGAUAAUAAUAAUUAAACCAUUCAUUUAAAAUUUUUAUAUUAAUAUAUAUGUAAUAAAAAUAUGCAGUAAAUGUGAAGUAUUAUCA